AGUGGUUUGAUAGAUUUGUCAAAUAAAUGUCAGUGUUUAAUGUACAUGAGACUGGUGGUGGAGCAGCCGACAGAUAUGCUCAACAGUCUGAAAGCAUUCCUCUUUAAUAGGGAUUUACUGUACUCUUUACUGUGUGUCGCCGACAGGAGAUGUAAUGUUGACAAUUAUUCCAGGCCUUUACACUGUGAUUCUGCUGAAUGUGUUACUGAUCAGAAGUGGAGUAUCGGAGGACGCUCUGAUGUUUAAACACUUUGACAAGGACAAGUCUGGUAUGCUGGACCACCAGGAGUUCAAGUCUUGUCUGCGAGCCCUGGGGUAUGAUCUUCCAGUCGUAGAAGAGGGGGAGGUUGAUCCAGAGUUCCAAGCCAUUCUGGAUAUGGUUGAUCCCAACAGAGAUGGCCAGGUUUCCCUACAAGAGUAUAUGGCGUUUAUGAUAAGUCGUGAGACAGAGAACGUCCAAUCUCGCUCGGACAGGCCUUCCAAGCUCUAACAUCUGGGGACAAAGCUUAUAUCACAGCACAGGAGUUGUAUGCGAACCUGACAAAGGAGCAGGCUGACUACUGUAUAGCUAGAAUGAAGCCGUUCGUAGACAAGACAGGUCGCGAGGUUGUGGACAGUUAUGACUACGCAGACUUCACGCGCUCCAUGUUUGUGAAUUAAUAGGGCUGACUGUCACACAGAUCUGUAGAGCUGUUUUCUAACCACUACUUAACCUGGAUAGCUUUUCCCAGUAUUGUGUAUUAGCCAAUCUUAUACCUAUAUAUGGUCACUUGCACUGCCACCAGAAGAAAUAAUGGUCACUCGUGUUUUUUUCUGGGAAAAAACAACAACAACAUACAAACAGUUUGUCACUGUUCCUUGGAAAACAUUGUGUUCAUCAUCAACAACUUUUUCUUUGUAGGUUGUGAAAUCUGAAGCUUGUUAUUUGUGUAGACGUGGAUUACUGCUGUUGUUUGUCCAGUGUUAAUACUAACCCAUGAUUUGGAUUAGUAUUGUAUUACCCGUCACUACAGAACACACUCCCUAACCAGGAGGUAUGAAAUCAGUGACUUCCACUCUCACACUCUUGCUCCAGGAAAUGUCUGUAAUAUUUUGACAUGCUGUUUUAAGAUUAUUUUCGCUUCAGCUUUCAGCACAAUUUUUUUUAUCAAUUCAUUGCACAAGUAUUUUACAAAUACAGGAUUAUGCUUGCUUUAUAGAAUUAAGAGGGAAAUGUGAGACCAUCCAUUGUAGUUUGUUUGUGGGUAAGAUACAGCCUGCCGGUCUUGUCUGUUGUUAGAUCUGUCUUCAUAUUAAUAUAAUAAACCUUCCAUAGAUAAA